AGAUAUUUACACCAAUCAGCUCACUGGCUCAAUCCCUGCUGAAAUCGGUAGUCUUUCAAGACUAAUUCACCUGGAUCUUUCUGCCAAUCGGCUCACUGGAUCAAUCCCCACCGCAAUUGGCAAUCUUACAAGCAUUUGGAAUCUAGCUCUUCGUCUCAAUCAGCUCACUGGAUCAAUCCCUGCUGAAAUCGGCGACGCUACUAACCUAGUAAUCCUGGACAUGGGGAACAACCAGCUCUCUGGAACCAUUCCUGACUCCAUCAGCCGCAUGACCUUGCUGAGAGAGAUGUAUCUUGGCAGAAAUCGCUUGACAGGGCCCAUCCCUCCAUCCAUGAGAGUAUUGAAAGGACUUAGUUUCCUAAACCUAGAGAAAAACGAGUUGGAAGGGGACAUACCAGACUUCUUUUACACAUCCAGGAUGCGCCAGCUGUCCCUCGGCAUGAACAAGUUCACAGGACAUAUUCCUUCAUCAAUCGGCAAAAUCACGGAGCUCUAUUUUCUGGAGCUACAUAACAAUCGUCUUAGCGGAACGAUUCCUGAUACGAUUGGAAUGGUUGGUGGUACACAACGCCUGUCACUCGCCUACAACCAGCUGACUGGAAGCUUACCCGCUUCACUCUCCCAGAUGACACAGCUGACUAAGUGUGCAACUCCUGCUGGACUUCCAGCAAGGAUGGGGGCGGACGUUCGCUGGGUGGGUGCCUGGGGGAAACUGCAGCACUGCAGAGCUUGUGAAGUGCGAUGCCCGGGGCAUGGUCACCAGCAUGGGUCUAUAUGGCCAAAGACUAACCGGAUCCAUCCCAUCUACUAUCAGCAGCAUGGCCAGCCUGACAUCCCUAGAUCUCAAUGGGAACAAUCUCAGUGGCUCAAUACCCUCAGGCAUUGCGAAUCUCCUCGAUCUGUGCUAUUUGGAUCUGCGUCAUAAUGCCUUGACUGGGUCUAUUCCAUCUACCAUCGGCAGCAUGAGCAGCCUCACAAUUCUGAAUCUGGGCUAUAAUGCCUUGACUGGGUCUAUUCCAUCUACCAUCAGCAGUAUGAGCAGCCUCACGCUUCUGGGUCUAGAGUCGAACUUCCUCUCGCAGUCCAUCCCAGGGUCCAUCGGGAACCUCAUUAACUUGGAACGCUUGUGCGUGCUCUUAUUUCGAACUGUUAAGAUAUCUUUACAACAAUAGUUUAAGUGGAGCCAUUCCUGACCCCAUCGGCAUGCUCGUCAAUCUCUCCGUACUAUCGGUGUUCAACAACAGUCUAAGUGGCAGCAUUCCGGACUCCAUAAGCAAGCUCGUAGAUCUUGAAGGACUAUCUGUUGAGCAGAAUAAUCUCACCGGCCAGCUCUCUCCAAGAAUGGGCAGCCUUACGCAUCUUUCAGACCUGAUCAUAUCUGGGAAUGCAAUUACGUGCCCACCGGACCACAGCAGCUGUGUGGUCCCACAGGACAAUUCAAGUGCUUUCUGCAGGCAGUGCCCUGAAUUCUGCAAUGCAUGUGACAUGGCACCACCCUCUCAAAUGCAACUCCUGCUGGACUUCCAGCAGGCGUGGGGACAGACAUUCGCUGGGUGGGUGAUUGGGGGGGACUGCCGCACUGCUGCAAAUGUGGAGUGCGAUGCCAAGGGCAUGGUCACCCACAUGGAUCUAUACGACCAUGGCUUAACCGGAUCCAUCCCAUCUACUAUCAGCAGUAUGGUCAACCUGACUUACCUAGAUCUCAAUGGGAACAAUCUCAGUGGCUCAAUACCCUCAGGCAUUGCGAAUCUCCUCGAUCUGUGCUAUUUGGAUCUGCGUCAUAAUGCCUUGACUGGGUCUAUUCCAUCUACCAUCGGCAGCAUGAGCAGCCUCACAAUUCUGAAUCUGGGCUAUAAUGCCUUGACUGGGUCUAUUCCAUCUACCAUCAGCAGUAUGAGCAGCCUCACGCUUCUGGGUCUAGAGUCGAACUUCCUCUCGCAGUCCAUCCCAGGGUCCAUCGGGAACCUCAUAAAUUUGGAACGCUUAUAUCUUUACAACAACAGUUUAAGUGGAGCCAUUCCCGACCCCAUUGGCAAGCUCGUCAAUCUCUCCGUACUAUCGGUGUCCAACAACAGUCUAAGUGGCAGCAUUCCAGACUCCAUUAGCAAGCUCGUAGAUCUUGAAAUACUAUCUGUUGAGCAGAAUAAUCUCACCGGCCAGCUCUCUCCAAGAAUGGGCAGCCUUACGCAUCUUUCAGACCUGAACAUAUCUGGAACAGCAAUCACAUGCCCACCAGAUUACAGCGCCUGCCUGGUCAUACAGAAUGCUUCAACCACCUUCUGCCUGAAAUGCCGCUCCUUCUGCUCCACUUGUGACAAGUCACCACCGGCACCCCUGUCCCCGUCCCCAGAACCCUCCUCCCCCUCUCCACCCCCACAACCCACCUCCAUACCCACACCCUCUCCACCCACCACAAGCUCUCCGCCUCCUCCCAAUUCCACUCCUAGUCAACCCCCAGCCUCUCCCUCCCAGUCUGGAGGUGGAAUGUCAGUAGGCACCAUAGCUGGCAUUGCUGCUGCUGCCGGUGUGGCUAUUCUCAUGCUGCUGCUGGUGCUGUGUCUGAUGCUGUUCAAGCGAUGGCACACCAAAGGAGCUUCGGCACAAGGAGGAGCUGAACCGGUCUUAUCGGCUGAAGUGCACAACGUGUAUGAGAGAGACCCUGAAGCAGCAGCAGCCGCAGCAGCAGCGGCGGCUGUGGUGGCAGGAGCAGCAGCAGCACGAGGGCAGGACAAGGGGGACUUGGUGGUGGAUAUGGAGGCAGUGAAGCCGCAAGUGUGCCAGAAGUUCACUCUUGAAGAGCUGGCAAACGCAACAGCGGAUUGGGCUGAGGGGAACAAGAUUGGCAGCGGCAGCUUUGGGGAUGUGUACAAGGGCGUGUCUCCAUAUGAUCCCAAUGAGAUAUGGGCUGUGAAGCGAUCCAAGAUUCUCUCCAAUGACUUCCUCACAGAGGUGAACGAGAUGGCAUCAAAGCACCACCCCAACUUGGUGCGCUUGCUGGGAUUCUGUGUGAACAUCGAUCUGAACACGAGCCAUAUGGAGCAACUGUUGGUGUAUGAGUUCAUGGCCAACCGAGACCUGGAGAGCUGGAUCGGACCUGGUGGUUCUCAACAACUUUCGCCAUUGCAAAGGCUGGACAUUCUGAUUGGAGUGGCAAGGGGGUUGCAGUACCUUCACGAUUUUGGCAUUGUGCAUCGCGACAUCAAGCCAGCCAACAUUCUGCUGGAUACAAAGAUGCAGGCAAAAGUUGCAGACUUUGGUCUUGUGAAACUCACCGGAGGCACCAAUGUGGGCACGUCUAUGGCUGCCACUCGAGUGAUGGGAACACCAGGCUAUCUGGACCCAACCUAUUUGAGGUCACACAAGGCCACUACAGCAGCAGAUGUCUACAGCUUUGGUGUGGUGAUGCUGGUGGUAAUUUCAGCACGCAAGGCCCUGCAUGUGGAAGAUGACAGCCAUAUUAGCCUGACAGAAUGGGUCGCCCCACUGGUGGAGUCAGGUGCUGUGGCAGUCUUCAAGGACCCUUCCUUGGACGCACCAGAUGACCUCGUGCUGCGCUUGGCCCGACUUGCCCUCUCCUGCACUGCCAUUCCUGCGGGUUCCCGCCCCUCCAUGAGCCAAUUGUUGGGAGAGCUGGUGAAGAUCAAGCAGGAAAUCUUUGGAGCGCAAGUGACCAAGGCCGUAUCGACCAUCUUUAUGAAAGCUGGGAGUUCAGUCGGCAGCUUCUCUGACUUCACUGCUGAAAUUGCCCGUGCUGAGCAUGUGGGUGGACAGAGCGGCUCCUCUAAUAGCAUGUCAUAGGCGUGUGAGAUUGGUAGCAACUUGGAGAUUUCUUUUAUGCUUCCUUUGAAAGCCUGGCUCCCACCCUCUCGGAUUCUAAUAUCGUAGAAGAAUUGGGCUACUAUUCUUUCUUUCCACUUGAUUGUUAGAUUUUAGGAAUAAGGUGGGGUAGAGAUAUUCCAUCUGUAAAAACCAUCCCCCCCCCCUCCCUUCCUUUUAUUUAGACCUGUAGGAUGUUUAUCCUGAAAUGGGUCUUAAAUUCGUUUCAGAGGGUAUACCCUAC